UUCCUGCAGUUGGUAUUUCCUGUAGGGUCUCCCUGACUGUGCCGAGAUGGUAAACCCGAAGCAAACCGGUAACAAGACCGAAGCGAGUCGAUGAGACGCCAUCCGACGCCGGUAAACGAGGGUUAAAGUGACUGAAAUCAAAGUCUCGCUGUUGAUUCAGGAAAGAUUAUCAAGCUAUCAGCUUCAGAUCCGAGUGUUUUUAUCGAUGUUUAUAAGAGACUGGACACUUUAGAAGAGCCAUUGCGGAUGGUUCAAGGCUGCUGAUAAAUAUUUUUCUGAGUUUUUGAGUUUCCGGUUGCAAUUUUAUACUUCCGACAUAGGGUUGACAACAUUUUGUUAAGUCAGUGCCUUGUAGUAGAGCGACACCGGUACUGGCCGGUGAAGCCCCGACCAGGGCAGAACCCCCGAGCGGCCCGCUUCAACGUACGUGGCAGACGCCGGGACUGUAGGUCUUUAUACGGAUCUAUAAGUGACGAUAGUCAGUGGUUUUAAAGAAACACCCUUCAACCGGUAUUUGAUCUCCUGGAGCCGGCUAGAAUCCGGACAGAGACCUCAUGAAUGGAAAUCGGAACUACAGGAGCCGUUGGGGAUGCGCCCCUGUUCUCCGUCCCUCGAAGGCCAGGCUAUGGCACCAUGGGGAAACCCAUCAAGCUGCUGGCCAACUGCUUUCAGGUGGACAUCCCCAAGAUGGACGUCUACCUGUAUGAUGUGGACAUCAAGCCAGAAAAAUGCCCACGGCGUGUUAACAGAGAGGUGGUGGAUACAAUGGUGCAGCACUUUAAGGUGACAAUCUUCGGGGACAGAAGACCCGUCUAUGAUGGCAAAAAAAGCCUAUACACAGCCCAACCAUUACCAGUGGCCACAGGAGGGGUGGACCUGGAUGUGACCCUGCCGGGUGAAGGUGGAAAGGACCGACUGUUUAAGGUGUGCAUUAAGUUUGUGUCGCUGGUCAGCUGGCACAUGCUGCAUGAGGUUCUCACUGGACGGAGCAUGCCGGAACCUUCAGUGCUGGAUAAACCAAUUAGCACCAAUCCCGUACAUGCUGUAGAUGUGGUUCUCCGCCAUCUGCCCUCUAUGAGGUACACCCCAGUGGGACGGUCUUUCUUCUCCUCCCCCGAGGGCUAUGAUCACCCACUGGGUGGGGGGAGGGAGGUGUGGUUUGGAUUCCACCAAUCAGUGCGACCCGCCAUGUGGAAGAUGAUGUUGAACAUUGACGUUUCUGCAACUGCGUUUUACAAAGCCCAGCAGGUGAUUCAGUUCAUGUGUGAGGUUCUGGAUAUCCACAAUAUCGACGAGCAGCCCCGCCCCCUCACCGAUUCCCACAGAGUCAAGUUCACCAAAGAGAUCAAAGGUUUGAAGGUUGAGGUCACCCACUGUGGCACCAUGCGAAGGAAAUACAGGGUGUGUAAUGUUACCCGCCGACCAGCCACCCACCAGACGUUUCCUCUACAGCUGGAGAACGGACAGACGGUGGAGAGAACAGUGGCCCAAUAUUUCAGGGAAAAGUACAACUUACAGCUCAAGUACCCCCAUCUACCCUGUCUGCAAGUGGGACAGGAACAGAAACACACCUACCUGCCUCUUGAAGUGUGUAACAUCGUGGCAGGCCAACGCUGCAUUAAAAAAUUAACAGACAACCAAACCUCCACCAUGAUUAAGGCCACGGCCCGCUCCGCCCCAGACAGACAGGAAGAGAUCAGCAGACUGGUUCGCAGUGCCAACUACAACCUCGACCCCUUUGUGCAGGAGUUUCAGUUCCGCGUACGGGACGAGAUGGCGGAGGUUACGGGUCGCGUCCUGCCCGCCCCCAUGCUGCAGUACGGCGGCAGGGUGAGCUCUGAACACUUCAUGAAUCGCACAGUAGCCACCCCGAGUCACGGGGUUUGGGACAUGAGAGGCAAGCAGUUUCACACUGGAGUCGAGAUCAAGAUGUGGGCCAUCGCCUGUUUCGCCACUCAGAGACAAUGCCGUGAAGAAGUUCUCAAGGGCUUUACAGACCAGCUGCGUAAGAUCUCGAAGGAUGCUGGGAUGCCCAUACAAGGCCAGCCAUGUUUCUGCAAAUACGCUCAGGGAGCAGAUAACGUGGAACCGAUGUUUCGUCACCUGAAGAACACCUACGCUGGCCUGCAGCUCAUCAUCGUCAUACUGCCCGGAAAAACCCCUGUUUAUGCGGAAGUAAAGCGUGUCGGAGACACACUGUUGGGAAUGGCCACUCAGUGUGUGCAGGUAAAAAACGUGGUGAAGACGUCUCCCCAGACCCUCUCCAACCUCUGCCUCAAAAUCAACGUCAAGCUGGGUGGCAUCAACAACAUACUGGUUCCACAUCAGCGCCCAUCUGUUUUCCAGCAGCCAGUCAUCUUUUUGGGAGCUGAUGUCACUCAUCCACCUGCAGGAGAUGGGAAGAAACCGUCUAUUGCAGCUGUGGUUGGCAGUAUGGACGCUCACCCCAGCAGGUACUGCGCUACAGUCCGUGUUCAGAGGCCAAGGCAGGAGGUCAUUCAGGACCUGGCGUCCAUGGUGCGCGAGCUGCUCAUUCAGUUCUACAAGUCCACCCACUACAAACCCACCAGAAUCAUUUUCUACAGGGAUGGAGUAUCUGAGGGACAGUUCAGACAGGUUCUGUACUACGAGUUGCUGGCCAUUCGUGAAGCCUGUAUCAGUCUUGAGAAGGAAUAUCAACCCGGCAUCACCUACAUUGUCGUCCAGAAACGCCACCACACACGGCUCUUCUGCGCCGACCGCACUGAAAGGGUGGGCCGAAGUGGAAACAUUCCAGCUGGUACUACAGUGGACACUGACAUCACCCAUCCUUAUGAAUUUGACUUUUAUCUGUGCAGUCACGCUGGAAUACAGGGUACAAGCCGACCUUCACACUACCACGUGCUGUGGGACGACAACUGCUUUACAGCCGACGAGUUCCAGCUCUUGACCUACCAGCUGUGCCACACAUACGUCCGCUGCACCCGGUCCGUAUCCAUCCCAGCACCAGCCUACUAUGCCCAUCUUGUAGCCUUCAGAGCCCGCUACCAUUUGGUGGACAAAGAGCAUGACAGCGCCGAAGGUAGCCACGUGUCAGGCCAAAGCAACGGCCGCGACCCCCAGGCCAUGGCCAAAGCCGUACAGAUCCAUCACGACACGCUGAGGACCAUGUACUUCGCUUAGCCCCGCCCUUUUUAUUUUUUCGACCUGUUAUCAUGCACUUAGCUGGGGAGGGCUUCUCCAUAUCACAGGCUGCUAAAGCGAACCAAAUGUAACCGAACUUACAGGAGGACAACAGCACUGUUAUGCAAUAGAAAACGGCCAAUCUUUUCACUGCUGCUUCGCUCGAGGAUUUUUGGUCCGUUUAAUUGUUUUUAUGAUGUAGAUUUAGCAGCUAUACCAUUAUUUAUUAGAUUCGUAGAACUGUUCAUUUUACAUGUAUAGGUCACAAAACCAAGCGUAAAGGUUUGCUCGAUCAACUAUUUGUGAAUCAGCAAAUAAUGCAGUGUUAUUUAUUUGGCAGAGGUGCGAUUUGAGACGCGAAGAUUUCUGCACGUAGCUGCUCUAGCUUGAGUCACUUGCAGAUGUGUUGAAGCACAACUGAAACUAAUCUUGGAGCACCUGGUUUAUGCAUUUUAUUAGGUCUUGUAUAAAAGUAUGUUGGAGGAACGCCACUAGAGGGCGGUGCAAAGUUUGUUGACAUUUGAACUCCACGUGCUUUUAAACAUUGGCAAAAACUGGUCUCAGCAUAAAAGCAAGUUACUGUACUUAGCUAAUGCAACAUUCGAAAUAGAGACAAACUCUUCCUGGAAUGUCAUUCCAUUCCAAGUCAGACACGUCUGUUCCUUUGCAUCUCAUUUACAUCUCAAGUUUCCAUGUCUUAUUUGCUUAUCAAACAUUUGAGAGUUAUUGAGCCUCACCUUUCCAUCCAAUUCCACAGUCUUUUUUUGAAGGAUUAUGCGUGUUACGUAGACCUCUGUGAUAUAUUAACUUUCUGCUCCAUGCACUGCAUGGAAAAUACUUCACCUUCCGUCUAAACUGUUGCUUCCGCGCCGUUCCUCUUGCCGUUCUCCUCGGCUCACUCAUUAAGCGGGGUGACAGAUUAGCUAAGGGCUGCAGCUCCAUCGAAAGGGGAACUUUGAACUUCAUUGAAACACAAGGUUGGUGAAAAGUUUCCAUGUAGUAGUUGACUGUACGUUUAUGUGUGUGCAUUGAAUCCUGGGUGCCUCGUUGUGUCCUUGCUCACCUACGGCGGAAGCUUUGAAAUGGGAUGGUGCGUGACCAUAGCAAACUUGUAUGAAUAUGUAGGCCUACGCACGUGUAAUUCCACCCAAGGCUACUCGGAGGCCUACGAUAUGGAUAAAAAAACACUUUACGGCUGUCGGACAUUUCACAUUUCUCUUUGGUUAUUUAUGAUUUUCGUUUGCGCUUACAGUGUCAGUACGCAUCUAUAAAUUAUGUGUUUAAGUUAUUAUCAGGUGUCUUUCCUGUUUUACCCCUGUGAACUCUUGACAAACACUGUCCCAUAAGCCUUUUAGUGCAAUAAGCCAAUUAUUGAAGGCUCUGUUGUAGACUUUCAUUUUACGAUGCAAACCGUACCUUAUAAUCAAAUGCUUUACUUUUAAAAACUCACUUUUAGAUGCGUUUUUUUCAUGAACUUGAAUGCCACGGAUAUGCGAAUUUUAUCAAAAAGCCAACUGAUGUAUUUUAAGGUUGUUGGGUGUGUGGUGGGGGCUGUUUUCAUUUUAGGGUUAAGUUUACAAAGAUGAUCGUUACAGUACUCUCGUAAAGCUUUGUCAUCUUGAGAUCUAAACUUAGCAUUCGUAUAAAAAGUUAGAUAAAGUGCCUGUUUUGUAGGAAAGUCCCUAAAUUCAAUUUCGCUGGUGUACGUUUUAAAUAUAUAAAGUACGAGUGGCAUGUACAUAAUGUCUGAUAGAAAUUUAGCUAUUUGAACUAUUGUUAAUGUUUAUUCAGCAACCAUUGAAUCAGUGAACUUAUAUAACAGAAAGUCCCAGUCGCCACUCUCCCCAGUUAACUUUUUUUAGCUUUCUGUUUUUUUAUUAAAAAUUUUAACCCUUUCUAUUUCAUAGCCCCUUGUAUUAAACUACAUUCCACACAGACCAAACCAAUGUGCCUCCAAAAUCAGGGUUAGGAGAGGUGGUAAAUAUAAGUUAUUUAGAAUGUAGCGGGGUGGGUUAUAUUUAUUAACUCUGUGACCUCUCGCACUCUUUUACAUCACCCUUACUGUGAAUGGCACUGUGGUCUUUCUGCUUUGUACCAGUAAUUGCGUGUUGACCGGUGUAGCUGCUAUUUUGCAAAACACUUAUAUUUGGAGAGAUCGUAAGAGAGGUUCUGUGAAAAACGACUGACAAAUAUAUUGCUGCACUUCAUUGUUUAAUAAGAAGCUGUAUGGUCUUAGAUUGGGUGAAACGCCCAAGGUGCUAAAGAGUGAGAUGCUGUAAUAAGGGUGAUCUCUGCCACACUAAUAUCUCAGCUGUUCGUUUACUGCGAAAACUUGUAAAUUGUGUGUGAGUAAUGAAUUUUUACAGAGGAAACACUUAAAAAUUGAGCUUUGGAGCGCUUUUGUGUGUUUCGUUUUGUUUGGUUAGCUUGAAAAUGUUUAAAAAUUUGAAACAUAUUUUGGCCUUUAAUUUUUACGCUUAAUCAAAUUGCAUGCGCAUUUUAUUAAAUUAAAAAUGUUUUGGCUACACUUUUACUUAUCAAAUUAGGUUAAGCAAAAAAAAGUUUAAAAGAAGUUGAAAUUGCCUAACUUAAUCUAAAAAGUUAAGGUUUAGCCAAUAUUUAAAAACAAAAAGUUUAAACACAUUUUUAUUUUAUGACUCUUAUUUUUUUAUAAAUGACCAAUUUGAUUAAGUAAAAAAAAAAUUAAGGGAAACUCCACUUUUUUUGAAAAUAUGCUCAUUUUCCAGCUCCACUAUUAAACAUUUGAUUCUUACCGUUUUGGAAUCCAUUCAGCUGAUCUCUGGGUCUGGUGCUACCACUUU